UUGUUAGGUAAUUUAGCUGUGAUUUUUUAAUUUAUCUUAUUGAUUUAUUAUUAUUAUUAUUUAGAUUUGAUGAUUUUUUGAUGAGGUUUAAUUGGAGUUUUUGCAUAUUUUGAUUUGUUGUGGUUCUUGUUUGUUUGAAUCUUGUGCUUGCUUUGUAUCUAAUGUUUCAGAGUUGUUUGAUUUCUGAUAUGAGCGUGUACCAAGUCUUUGGUUUAGAGGCAAUGAAUUUGUGUCUUUGCUAGUGAUCCAUGGUAUUGUAACCCUUGAAAAUUAGAACUUAGGUUAAGCUAGCAUUUGAUUAUGAUGAGUUGGCUUAAGAAGAAACUAUGUUAAUUGGCAGCUUUAUGUGAUGUUUGAAAAAUCUAGGACUUCUGAUUCAACGGGUCCCGAGUUGAAUCAUAUAGAAUUCUAGGUUUUAAAUUGCGGUCGGGAUGUGUUUUCCUAUGUUGCAGUUAAUUGGGAUAAGAGAGAAAUAAAGUUGUAAAAUCUUGAUGUCUCACAGUAGCUGAUGGUUUUUGCAAAAUUUCUGUUGAUCUAUGAUUCAAAAAUUAAUACCUUGUUUGGUUUCUAUCAUCAGGGACCCGGCCUCUAGUGGCUGAUUAUCAUAAAAUGGUUUGUGUUUUAAAGUAAUUACAUAUUUGUACACGUGAUUUUCCAGUUACAAAGAUAAAUGAGGAAAAUAAUCUUGAUUGAUAUGUGAGAGCUAAACUUUUGGUGACUCGAGGAGAUGAAUGAUUAUAUCAGUUUAGGUAGGGUGGGAGGGGUAGUUCAACUGUCUUGAAACAGUUGAGGGAGUUGGAGGUGAGGAGUUGGAGGUCCGGGUUCAAGUCUAGGCAAGAGUGUGAAUAUAUACUAACAAUUAACCUUUAACAACUUGCCAUUAAAAAUUGUUUUGGUAGAGAAGUCUUUUACAGGGCAUUCGAAGUGGAAAGACAUAGUUAUAGAAUGGUUACCCAGCAAAGAUACGAGUCUCUAAUUCUUGGAGAGAAGAAAUACCAAACAAGUACCAGCAAUUUUGUUUCAGAUUUUGAUCGAUGUCCAAACGCAGGGAGCCAAAAUGUUCCUUCUUGCCUUGCCCGUCUGUAUUUCUGCAAUUGCAUCAAACAGAAUCUCAGCAUCAUAGACAUCUAUGUCUUUUGUCUAUGCUCUCUUGUUUCGUCUAGCUUGAACUGUAAGAGUUUGGUGCUAAUUUCGAUGUUGUGGGAGCUUUGUAUGGGUGGGAUAUCCUUUUUGCAUAAUUCAUAUAAAGUAACCAUUUUAUUUCUUCAUCGGACAUCUAGAAGAAAGGCUUUGAUGCUAGUUUGGCUUGCAUACAAUCACUCUCUUGUAUUAGCGCCGGUUUUUGCUCUUGGCUUCCAACCGUCUUUUUGUCUACGUUGGAAAACAACCCUGCUGCAAACCUUCUAUAUGAGAUAAGGAUAUUUUAACCUAAGUAGUGUGAAUGUCAAUUUAUUAGUGAACAUAGUUAUUAAUAAGAAAAGUGUUAUAAGUGUCCCCAAGGAAUUUAUCAUGGUGCACAUGAUACGGAGGAAAUUAUAUAUUUGGUUUUGGUAAGUUUUGGUAUCAGAGGAAUCAAUGUUGAACGUCAUUUUAAGGUCGAAGUUUCUAUUGGUUGGCUCUACUAUAGUUGGAUUUGAUUCUGUGAGUUCUUGAAGGAAUCAAGUGAUCGUUCAAUGCUAAUUGUAUUUACUGCUGGAGGCUGUGAAGAACCUCAAUGCUACCUCAUAAUAUGUGGAAUUCUUGUAUACACUUUUUUGAUGUGUUCAUCUCUUGGAGUAGUGGUGAUUGGAGCUUCAUAAUACGAUUUUGUUUUGCUGGUUACAAUUGGUCUGCCGAAGUAUACAAGAAAUCAACAAUGCAUUUGGUGUUUAGCUGGCUUGAUGGGGUGACUAAAUAUGCCUUUAGAAAUUUUAGGAUUAUUUCUAAAUCUGUUCCUACAUGCAGGUCAUUAAGCUUACUGCCUACUUCUAGAAAUAGUUGAUACUCUUAUUUGAGGAGACCUUGUAUCAUGGGUGAGGUGGCAGUGUUGCACUCUGAGCCUCUGCACUUUGAAUGCAAUGACACCAAACAUAUGACAGAAGAUGUCUAUCCUCCAAAUUCAAACCCGGAAUCGUUGCCCGGAGAAGAAUCAAGUCAAUCUAUAAACACAAAUGAUUUACAAGAUAAAGGAUAUAUGGAACAUGGAUGCCAACACUACCGGAGAAGAUGUCGAAUCAGGGCCCCCUGUUGCAAUGAGAUUUUUGAUUGCCGCCAUUGUCACAAUGAGGCAAAAAAUGAUAUCAACAUAGAUUCAAAGCUUAGACAUGACAUGCCCCGACACCAAAUCAAACAGGUGAUAUGUUCACUUUGUGGCACUGAACAAGAGGUUCAGCAAAACUGUACUAAUUGUGGUGUUUGUAUGGGCAAGUACUUCUGUCAGACAUGCAAGCUCUUUGACGAUGAUAUAUCUAAGCAGCAGUACCAUUGUAAUGGCUGUGGAAUUUGCAGAACUGGUGGACAUGAGAAUUUCUUCCAUUGUAAUAAGUGUGGUUGUUGCUACUCAACUCUGCUGAAAAACAUUCACCCCUGUGUGGAAGGAGCAAUGCAUCAUGAUUGCCCCGUUUGUUUUGAGUAUUUGUUUGAUUCAAGAAAUGAUGUCAUUGUUAUGCCGUGUGGACAUACAAUCCAUAAAAACUGUCUGAAUGAAAUGAGAGAACAUUACCAGUAUGCAUGCCCUCUCUGUUCCAAGUCUGUCUGUGAUAUGUCUAAGGUUUGGGAGAAAUUGGACAUGGAGAUUGCUGCUACGCCAAUGCCAGAGUCAUAUCAGAAUAAAAUGGUUUGGAUUCUGUGCAAUGACUGCGGAAAAACUUGUCAUGUUAAGUUCCAUUUUGUGGCUCAAAAAUGCCUCAACUGCAAGUCAUACAACACGCGACAGACGAGAGGCUGAGCAAAUGGCAUUCAAUUAUAGAUUGGUUUUAUUCAUAAUGAAAUGGAAGUUUUCAUUUCAUUUCAAUUGAUUUAAUUUGAAGGCAGUGGCUCUCAAUGCUGUCAUCUCUUGGCUACAAAGGAUGAUAUACACUGGAAAUUUCAACAUUGAAAUAAUGAAUGAUUCUUCAUUCUUAUUGACUCAUUGUAUCGGGGAGUAACGAGAUGGUUUAGCAGUAGUAAUGUGUUGUUUCAUGGAGAGUUUGGGACUGGGACGAGUAGUUGUUUCAUUCUCGUAUUAAUGUGUGUAAUCUUUUUAAUUAUUUAACUAUGUGAGCCAGCUUUCUUUAAUAAAAUGAGGUACUAAUGGGGGAAUUCUUUA